AUGGAUGAAAGCUCAGAAGCUCCCCCUUUCCUCGAUUUCUCUGCGACAAAUCCACCUCCAAGGAACAGGAGCCCUUCAAUACGCAUUGAGAGAGACAUAAACGGCAACACUAACCCGCCAGCGAAACCAAACGUAACACGAAAACCAACUCUCUUUCAUCCUACCAAGUAUAAACCUCACCGUGAUGGACAAGGUGACGGGUGUGAUAUUGAACUCAAGGACGCGAAAACGCAAGGGGAUGUGAGGUUUGACGAGGAAGCACCGAUCUGGAGCGUGUAUCUCAAAGAAGCCGAACGCUUUGACAACGAUCUGAUUGUUGGCUUCCAAGAUACAAUCGACUCGGUUCUGGUUUUUGCUGCCCUCUCGGCGGGGGUCAUCGCUACUUUUGUUGCUCAGACUAGCCAGGUAUUGGAACCAGACCAACCACAAAUCACCAACCGCCUUCUUGUGGACCAGAUUAUCCCUCUCCUGCGUGCCGCUGGAAACGCCACUGCCAUCAGCCUCAUACCCCCUCCGGACGUUGGGCCAGACACCCCAACCCACUCAGAUACAGAUGUAGCUAUCAAUGCUCUCGGGUAUCUCAGUCUUGCCCUCGCAGUGGGUACUUCGGUUGUUUCAGUUCUGGUCAAACAAUGGCUUCAGCUAUAUGUAGUUGCUACUUCUGGCAACAAUCAAGACCGUGCCUUGACGCGCCAUCUACGCUACUCCAGCCUUUAUAAGUGGCGACUACCAGAGGUCGUAGGCAUCCUACCCCUUCUCCUUCAUCUCGCAUUGGGAAUAUUUGCAACUGGCAUCCGUAGGGUACAUGGUAAUCGUGGUCGCAGCAGGAGUAUUGGCCAUAUACAUCGCAACAGUCUUCCUCACCGCCUUGGCUGUGAACUCCCCUUACCGCAUACCUAUUGUCUAUCGUCCUAUUCACACCACGCUCCGUCUCUUCGAAAAAGGAUGGUUCGCCAUCCGGCAGGUGCUGGGUCUAGGUAG